UCUUAAGUGCGGGAAAACUGUCAGAUUUUCCCGCGUAUAAGCUUGUGUAUAUGAAUAGUUUCUGUUGCUGUGCAAUAAACAGUGAUUUCAUGUAGUUUCAGAAUGAAUCUAGUGCAUUCUAUUGUAGAACGUGAAAAAGGAUGCGCAUCAAUACGUGAUUAUGAUAUCGCUUUAUACCGUUUAAAAUGCUAUCAAGAUGACGUUUACCGUGGUAUAACACCAAAUACAAACGCGCUUGAUUUUAAUCCAGAACCACCAGUUUUUGCUUGUCGAUUUUGUACUACAGAAGGAUACGAACAAAUAAUUGCUUUAGCAAAUGAGGAUGGAAAGAUUGCUCUACAAGACAUAAGCAUUAAAAAAGGGUCAAAUCAACCAUUGGAAGGAACACAGGCACAUUGUAAUGCAAUAUUUGAUGUUGCUUGGAUGCCAGGAGAAUUAAAAUUGGUCACAGCUUCUGGUGAUCAUACUGCAAGAUUAUGGGAUGUAUCUGGAUCUGAAAUAAAACAAAUUGAUUAUUUUCAUGCUCAUACAAGAAGUGUUAAGACUGCAGUGUUUCGUUAUCAGGACAAAGCUGUCUUUGCAACAGGAGCUAGAGAUGGUUCUAUCAUGAUAUGGGAUAUUAGAGCCAAUCAUUAUGAACGCCCCAAACCAGAUAAUUGUAUUUCUAAUGCACAUAAUGCUGGCACUAUAGGUAAUGUAAGACAGCGUAGGGUAAUUAGUCAGGUAUCUAGAUCACAAAGUAUUACUGGUUUGGCAUUUCAAAAUGAUUUUACUUUACUUUCUUGUGCUGCUGGAGAUGGUUUGAUAAAGGUGUGGGAUUUACGUAAAAAUUACACUGUUCAUAAAAAAGAGCCUUUGGCUAAAUAUACAAUGAACUAUACUGGACAUAGUGCAAGAAAUGGAUUUUCAUCACUAUUAAUAUGUCCUGCUAGGAUUACAUUAUAUGCAAGUUGUAUGGAUAACGUUAUAUAUGCAUAUAAUAUAUCAUCUUAUAAUCCUAAACCGAUGGCAGAAUUUUAUGGGCAUCAAAACUGUACAUAUUAUGUUAAAACGUGUUUAAGUCCUGAUGGACGUUAUAUUGCUAGUGGUUCCAGUGAUGAACUUGCAUACAUUUGGCGUACAAAUAAACCAGGAACACCAAUUGUGCAACUGUCUGGACAUACUGAAGAAGUUACGUGCAUUGCAUGGUGUAACAUUGGAGAAAGCAAAAUCGUAACAUGUUCCGAUGAUUCGUGUCAUAGAAUUUGGAGAGUUGGUUAUGAACAUAAAAUAGAAAAUGAAGAGAUUCAAAUAUGUGGUCAUGCAGAAGCUAUUGUUAACAAAAAUCCUUUAGAAAAUUUGAAGUUAGAAACUACACCAACUGUUACUCGACGAUGGGUUGCAUCUCAAGAAUGUACUCCUGGAUCCGAUACCACACCAAAUGCUACUCCUGGGCCUAGUUCAUCAGAUACUCAAAUUGGCGAUUAUCACGGUUUAUAUACUGUUAGUAAUUCGAUGAAAAGAAAUUAUUCCCAAAUAGCAACUGGUGGAUCAUGGACGGAUGGGAAAUUUAAAUCCAUUUUGUCACCUAUAAAAGAGAAUUUUGAAUUUGUUGCCAAACGAGCUCAUUUAGAAAAUCGUGGCGCACGAAGGUUAUUUAGUCCUGGUAAUGAUAUUAAUCCAUUAAGUAAAAGCCAUAAACCUGAUGAACCAAGUACAAGUUCAUCUGGUAUAGAAAUUAAAAAUAAUGAAAUUUACUUUUCGCCGACAUCAAAUCUUCCAAAUUUUGUAAUUGAUGGUACAGCGCCGCAUUUACUUCAACUUUCUCCAGAAAAGUAUAAAGAAAAUAUCGACUGGUUAACACGAAUACGAAAAGAAAAAUUUGAGCAGAAAACGAGAAAAACAGUGUCAGAAAAGUUAGCUAGCCCUAAUUCUCAUAUUACAUCAACUAAAAGAACUGGUAGAUCACGAUCAACAGAACCACAGAAAGUAUCUAAAGUAUCUAAAAGCCCAGUUCCUUCUUUGUUAAAUUUUUUUAAAAUUACCGGAAAGGACUGUGAAACAAAUGUAUAUUGCGAUAGUAGUAAAGUAGUAUCUUCUACAAAAUCUUGAAAAUAAUUUUAAAUUUUGCCGUUCAUCAGACUGUAUUUUAAUUAUUUAAAGUUUUAUAUACAUAUUUUAUUAGAAAUUGAUUCUAUGAAGUAAUAGAGUCGUAUUCAAAAUGUUAAUUAAUGAGUGUGAUUAAAACUUCAGCGCGCUUUCUAUUGAUUAUUAUGUGGUACCUUACAUAACAGUUAAAGUUAUAGAAUUUAAAACGUAAGAUAAGUGACAUUUACUACACAAGUAUUACAAAACAUGUAAAAAUGGAUUAUAUACUCAAAAGUGUCAUGUACUGUUAGUAGUAGCAUAGGAUAUCUUUUAUACAGAAUAAAUUAUUUUUAUAAUA